UGCGACGCCGUGCUCCACGGAGAGUACAUGGGGAAGGACGGAGUUCCGUACUGCGAAAAGGACUACCAGAAGAAGUUUGGAGUCAGGUGCGCGUAUUGCAAUAGAUACAUCUCAGGGAAGGUGCUGCAGGCUGGUGACAACCAUCAUUUCCAUCCAACUUGUGCUCGUUGCACCAAGUGUGGUGAUCCAUUUGGAGAUGGUGAAGAAAUGUAUUUGCAAGGAGGUGCCAUUUGGCACCCUCGCUGUGGCCCAGGACCAACAGAAAAUGGGGCUAUAUUGAAUGGUGUAGAAAAUGGUCAUUGCACAGACACAGAGACAGAAGCAGAGAGCGGUCGCGACACUGCUUUUGACCGUAUGAGUUCGUCUGCUGUGAGUGAUAUGCAGGUAAUUUCUAUAUAUCUUAAGCUUUCUUAUGUAGUUUGACAAUUAUAGUUUUUCAACUAACAGAUUUUUCUGAAUUAUGCGUUUUACUGUUUAUUCUUUAAACAUUGUAUAUUUCUACUUUUAAUUUGUGAUAGGCAUGUACUGACUUAUUUUGAUAAUACCGUCGUUUAUGCAAUGUUUUUCAUAGUGCAAAGCAAGUAGACUACGACUGCAGUGGAGGAGUCUUGUUUUGGAUUGGCAUUCAUGCACAAUCCCCUUGACUGUAGUUGUGCUACUGAUUGCUAUCAUACAUUCAGGAUGUUAGAAUUUGUUAAGUAAUCGUAGAAUGCAAUAUCUCAUGUGAGCUUACAUUUGUUUAUUUUUAUUUUUAAGUUGAUUGCAAUUUGGCCAUCUUAUUAAUCAAAUUGAGUAUGUUUGAUCUUAUUUAGUGCCUUGCUUAGUUUUUACUAAAGAAAUUUGUUGUAUUGUCCCUUGUUACAGUACUCUGUCCGAUUCCAUUACUUUUAGCUUUUUACUACCCUUUAAUUUGGCUAUGUUUGUGCUAAAGCUGCUAUCUUGACUAGCAUAGAUGUUUUCUUUUUUUUUUUUGUUGAGCUUUUAAUGCACCUUUUUCAAUACUCAUGAGGUGCACUUUUACUAUUAAGCAUCUGUUAGUGUCAUUCAUUGCCAA